CGCGCGCGCACACUCACACGCGCCGACACGCCAGCGGCUGCGGCCGCUCCAUGGACCGAUUUGCCGGGUUUCCCUGAGGCCAGGCCAGCCCGGGAUGAAACACUGCAAAAUGGCCCGGGUCGCCAGCGUGCUGGGGCUGGUCAUGCUCAGCGUCGCCCUGCUCAUCCUAUCGCUCAUCAGCUACGUGUCCCUGAAAAAGGAGAACAUCUUCACCACUCCCAAGUACGCCAACCCUGGGGCGCCCCGAAUGUACAUGUUCCACGCAGGAUUCCGGUCGCAGUUCGCGCUGAAGUUUCUAGACCCGUCCUUUGUGCCCAUUACGAAUUCUCUCACCCAGGAGCUCCACGAGAAGCCUAAGUGGACCUUUAAUCGGACAGCGUUUUUACGUCAAAGGCAAGAAAUUCUUCAGCAUGUCGAUGUAAUAAAAAAUUUUUCUUUGACCAAGAAUAGUGUUCGGAUUGGACAACUGAUGCACUAUGAUUAUUCCAGCCAUAAAUAUGUUUUUUCUAUUAGCAAUAACUUCCGAUCACUGCUUCCAGAUGUGUCACCCAUUGUGAAUAAGCACUACAAUAUUUGUGCUGUGGUUGGAAAUAGUGGAAUCCUGACAGGGAGCCAGUGUGGACAAGAAAUAGAUAAAUCAGAUUUUGUUUUUCGUUGCAAUUUUGCCCCUACGGAGGCUUUCCAGAAAGAUGUUGGAAGGAAAACCAACCUUACCACCUUCAACCCCAGCAUCCUGGAAAAAUAUUACAACAAUCUUUUGACCAUUCAAGACCGUAACAACUUUUUCCUCAGCUUAAAAAAGCUUGAUGGGGCCAUUCUUUGGAUCCCUGCAUUUUUCUUCCACACUUCAGCAACUGUUACCCGAACAUUAGUUGACUUUUUUGUUGAACACAGAGGUCAGUUAAAAGUGCAGUUGGCUUGGCCUGGAAAUAUAAUGCAGCAUGUCAACAGGUACUGGAAAAACAAACAUUUGUCACCCAAACGUCUAAGCACAGGUAUUCUUAUGUACACCCUUGCAUCAGCAAUAUGUGAAGAGAUCCACUUGUAUGGAUUUUGGCCCUUUGGAUUUGACCCCAACACAAGGGAAGAUCUUCCAUACCAUUAUUAUGACAAAAAAGGAACCAAAUUUACCACCAAGUGGCAGGAGUCCCACCAGCUGCCUGCUGAAUUUCAGCUGCUGUAUCGAAUGCAUGGGGAAGGGCUCACCAAACUGACUCUGUCACACUGUGCCUAAGAACUCCAAAUGGAAAGUGCCAAACGGUUGUUUAAAAAAGUGCCCCAAAUCAAAUUGAAUAGUCUUCUGAAUAGAACCCCAGAGACUGUCUUAUAAGGCUUGUCUGCCACUUAAAUGGAAAGAUGUCUUCUUUUGCACUGCUCUUUGAACGGGCUGAGCCGAUUUCGCAGGACAGAUGUACUGAAACCACGUAAUUUAAACUUGAUUGAUGAAGGGAAUGUUGCAUUUGGAAGUAUGCUGCUAACAAAAUGGUUUGAAGUCUUUCUGUGUUUGUAUUUUGGUAAUAAACUGCUCCUGUGUCAUUGAGGACGAGAGCUGUAGUUUUCUAUAGCUCUGCUCAAAUACAGUCCUCUUAAUCAGAGACCUCUGAUCAGUUGGGGCAGGAUCUGUUUAGCCAGUGGGAUCACACUCUUCA